UCCUAGUCCACACUGAGUGAGACUCGCCUGCUCCUCUGCACCCUGUCCUCACUUGUUUUCAGCAUGGCGUGUCUGUGCUUCCCAGGAGGCUUCUGGAUGGCAGCUCUGACAGUGAUGCUGAUGGUGCUGAGCCCUCCUCUGGUUUGGACCAAGGAUGUUCCAGCGCAUUACUUGGAGUACCUUAAAUCCGAGUGUCAUUUCUCCAACGGGACGCAGCGGGUGCGGCUUGUGGCCAGAUGGAUCUCUAAUCAGGAGGAGAACGUGCGCUUCGACAGCGACGUGGGGAAUUUCAUCGCGGUCACCGAGCUGGGGUGGCCAAGCGCCAAGCACUUGAACGGACAGAAGGACGUCCUGGAGCAGAUGCGGGCCAAUGUGGACAGGUGCAAACACAACUACGGGGUCGUUGAGAGCUUCGCAGUGCAGCGGCGAGUUGAGCCCACAGUGACUGUGUAUCCUUCAAAGAACCCAUCCCUGCAGCACCACAGCCUCCUGGUCUGCUCUGUGAAUGGGUUCUAUCCAGGCCACAUUGAAGUCAGGUGGCUCCGGAAUGGCCAGGAGGAGACGGCUGGGGUCGUCUCCACAGGCCUGAUCCAGAAUGGAGACUGGACCUUCCAGACCCUGGUGAUGCUUGAAACAGUUCCUCAGAGUGGAGAGGUCUACACCUGCCACGUGGAGCACCCAAGCCUGACCAGCCCUAUCACAGUGGAGUGGAGUGAGAAAAAGUUCAUUUAUUCUAGUUCUUUGAAGGCAGUCACCACCUUUUCUCAGAGCUCUCAAUCUCAGAGUAUAUUAGAAAAGUUGGAUAUGGGGCAAAAAUCACUAAAACUACCUUCUUUCCUCAGGGCACAGUCUGAAUCUGCACGGAGCAAGAUGCUGAGUGGAGUUGGGGGCUUUGUUCUGGGUCUGCUCUUCUUUGGGAUGGGGCUGUUCAUCCACUUCAGGAAUCACAAAGGCUGUAACAGCAGUAAAGCUGGGAGCAGUUUCAGGCUCUCGGCUACCUGUAAAGCCUCUGAUCCUAUCAUCUCUGAGGUUGGCUGUAGGAGGCUUCUUCACGUCCUUCAGAGGUCCAUGACAGCCUUCUGGAAGAUUGACAUGCCUGAGUGCAACUGCAGUGGAAAGUGCACAGGUCAUAUAGCAAGCAGAUAUUUGAUCUUUGUGGAUCCUGCACAGAGACCGCUAGAUAGCACCCAUGGACACAAGGACAGCAACUGCUUCCUAGUGGAACUCAAUGCACCUCUGUACAAAGGUGAUGGGGGCACCAAGAUGUUUGAAGUAAAAUUUUAA